CACUUAGUCAGACGGGGGUCCUCCAGAGCCACAAGGUCGUCCCAUUAUCACAGAGAGCACUGUGAUCAUUUCUCUAUCAUCACGUGAGACUUCACUGAAAGAAAGGAACACCAGUCCCCCAGACAAGGAGACUCUUCUACAUCAGGAACAUCCUUCAGAAAAAUCAGUGACCUCACCUUUCCACCCUUAGUCCGCUGCCCCCUCUCCUCCCUCUUCAGUCUUUGUGUCUCAGGUGUUUGUUCAGCCCUGUGAGCAGCAAUGGGGGACUGGAGUCUCCUGGGGAAUUUCCUAGAGGAGGUCCAAGAACACUCCACCUCUGUUGGGAAGGUCUGGCUAACCGUCCUCUUCAUCUUCCGCAUCCUUGUGCUGGGCACAGCAGCCGAGUCGUCCUGGGGCGACGAGCAGAGCGACUUCAUGUGUGACACCCAGCAGCCCGGUUGCACCAACGUGUGUUACGACAGUGCCUUCCCCAUCGCCCACAUCCGCUACUGGGUGCUGCAGAUCGUUUUCGUCUCCACACCUUCGCUCAUUUACAUGGGCCACGCCAUGCAUACAGUGCGCAGGGAGGAGAAGGAGAGGAGGAGGGAGCAGGAGGAGAGGGAGGUGAGGGGUGAAGGUGGAGAAGACUUGGAGGGGGAGAAGGAGUACCUGCAGCAGAAGGAGAGUAAAAUAAUGUCUGAUGGAGGUGGUCGUGUUCGCCUUAAGGGAGCGCUACUGCAGACAUACAUGCUGAGCAUCUUGAUCCGCACAGUGAUGGAGGUGACUUUUAUUGUGGUGCAGUAUCUCAUUUAUGGAGUUUUUCUCAAAGCAUUGUAUCUCUGCAACUCCUGGCCUUGUCCAAACCCAGUCAACUGCUACAUGUCCCGACCCACAGAGAAGAACGUCUUCAUCAUCUUCAUGCUGGUGGUCGCUGGCGUUUCUCUUCUCCUCUCUGUUCUUGAGCUCUACUAUCUCGGAUGGAAAAGUAUGAGACGGUGUAUACGCUACAAAAUGAUGCAGAGGAGCAGCCACAGAGCUGUAACAGUAGCUGCUUCUGAAGCUUUAGAGCCUAACAGCCCCUCUCGGCCCUCAGCCUCCUGCACUCCACCUCCUGAUUUCAGCCAGUGCCUGGCAGCUCCAAGCCCCAUGACCCCUCUGACCUCCAUGGCCUCUCAUCCCUUCAACAACAGAAUGGCGCUGCAGCAGAACUCAGUCAACUUAGCCACCGAGCGGCAUCACAGCUGCGACAACCUGGAGGACGAGGAGGACUUCCUCAGGAUGAGAUAUGAGCAAGCGCCUGCAGAGCUGCCCAACACCUGCUCCCCGUCGCCUCUGCUGCACUCAGGCUACGUGAGGGAGAAGCGGCGCCUGAGCAAGACCAGCGGGAGCAGCAGCCGGGCUCGCCAAGAUGACUUGGCAGUAUAGAAUCAAAACAGGAAGGGAAUCUGUCAAAGGAAGGAGGGACGAAGAGAUCAGUUUACUGAUGCAAAAAGGUGUCUUUGUACGUGUGCACAAGUUAAACUUAAUCACUGAAGCCAAACACUUGACUACGGAGGGAGCACAACGUGUUCACUUUAAGAAAAGACACUGUGAUCUCUGUGUUGACAACACAGACCUGACAAAGAUGAGCUUUUUUGUUUGUCUCAGAGCUCACAAAACUGACAACCAAAAUGCAAAAAGACAAUAUAUAUAUUUUUAAAUGAGAACAGGGUAACAGGUGUGAAACCUGACUAUUGCACAUUUAUGUUUUAGUUGAAGAGUAUAAGCCAAAGACUUUCCAAAGAGAAUGAUGGGAUUUGUUGGGAUUAAUGACCCUGUGACUUUUCCUCAUGAAACAAAAAUAAACCAAAAUAAAAAAAAAAGUAUUCCAAAAAGCACUAUUCCAGACAGCUGCAAAGAUAUUCAAUAGACAAAUCAGGGACUCACUGGUUAUAUGCAGUUAAUGUGAAGAGUCCUUUAAUGCAGUAAAUACAGUUAGUAAAUCAAGGUAAAGUGCCUUAAAAGUCUAAAAACAUUUCUUUCCAAAGGCUAAGACAAAAAAAAGAUAUUUUAAGAGAGCUAUUUUUAGACUUUUUGGACUGUUGAAACAGGUGAAUAGCCAUAAACUGCUAAUUAACUUUAGUUUCUUUACUAUCUAAAAAGAAAAGGUGUGGUAACUUUUGUGUGAUUUUGAAGUCAACUAAGUAUCAGGAUGACUCGUUUGCAGCGGUGAUGACAGAAUGUAGCCUGUUACAGGAUUUUCCUUCUGAAAGGGAUUCAAGGGAGGAAAAAGAGAAGAGCUCCUGCAUGGAUGCUGUUAUGAGGAGAUCCAGCCACUGGGUGGCAGCAUUGCACUUAAAUUUCUCUGUUUUUCUCCUAGAGCCAUUGUGUAAAUAUUCAGUUUGUCCUUAUGCAAUGUAUGUUUCAUUUGAUAUCUUUGAAUGUAUUUUAUUCCAUUUCUGGUGUAUGGUCCUCUUUGCUCUUGGAGUAAUAAUACAUGCUGUUUGUGACGCAGUUUCAAACUGAACAUCCGUGUUGUCUGAGGGGUUUGUUCUCCCACAGCAGACAUUUAUUUAAAAGAAAAAAUCUCAUCCAGCCUGCUGUACAUGCACUAUAGUUUCUGUUGUUUCUUUCACUCAGUCUUUACUGCAGUAAGUGUCAACACUUCACAACCACAACUCAUUAAAUCAUCAAUGGUGAAAUCCGA